AUGGCGGAGGCCCCGGCGGCCCCGAAGAGCAGCAUCAAGGCCACACACCACCUCGCUUCUGGGGCACUUAGUGGGCUUACGUCUGCUGUUUGUCUCCAACCACUGGAUCUGCUCAAGACCCGUUUGCAGCAGGGAUACAAUGUCGGCCGGAAACGACACCGACUUGGUCCUGUUGUGAGGCAGGUCAUUCGGGAUGAUGGUGUGACUGGUCUUUGGAGGGGAACGGUGCCGACGGUUGCGCGUAACGUACCCGGCGUCGCGCUCUACUUCUACAUGCUCAGUGCGAUCCGGCACGAGCUCACCCUCGUCCCCUUUUUUGCCCGCACAACCGCCAGUAACGAAGGCAAGCGCUCGGCGCUGGCCCAGCUCUCGUCCUCUGGCAACCUGGUUGCGGGCGCCGUGGCGCGGACAAGCGUCGGCUUUGUGUUAAACCCAAUCACGGUCAUCAAGGCGCGCUUCGAGUCCAACGCAUACUCGCAAUACCGCUCGCUUAUCGGCGGGUUCCGGCACCUCCUAGCCGCCGACGGGGUCCGCGGCCUCUUCCAGGGCUUCACGGCUACGGCGGUGCGCGAUGCCCCCUAUGCUGGCCUCUAUGUGGUGUUCUACGAGAAGGGCAAGGAACUUGCGAGCAAAGCGCUGAGCAUGCGUCCGGAGAUGAGUGUACCGAAUGCGGCACUGCACUCUGGAUCAGCCGUCUCGGCCUCGGUGCUCGCGACAAUACUCACGUCGCCUGCGGACUGCGUCAAGACGCGCAUGCAGGUUGCGCCGGCCGAGAACCCCACGAUCAUGCGCGCCAUACGGCACAUCUAUACCGACCUCGGGUUGGUGGGCUUCUUCGCGGGUUCGUCACUGCGCAUCUCGCGCAAGGCGGCGAGCUCGGCCAUCGCUUGGACCGUCUACGAAGGCUUGCUGCUCAUGUUCCGCGCGCGCGACAAGACCAUCACGACCACUGCUGUACAAUAG